AUGGAGAUUCGGAGAGCCAUAGUCACUGGUGGUCUUGGGUUUGUUGGAUCAGCAAUUGUGAAUGCCCUUCACGAAAAAUACCCUCCUUGUUUGACCACAAUUCUGGACAUUUCUGACGAUACCUCUGAUCCCAAAAAGGGUUGGAAAGUACCAUCCAAUAUCGACUAUGUGGUAUGCGAUAUUCUACACCCAGAGGAUUUAGCAAGAGUUCUCUUGCAUGUCAAACCAGACGUCGUUAUACAUACGGCGGGAAUAGUUCCCCAUUUGAGUGAAAGAUACCAUCGUAGGAUAGAGAAGAAAGUACAACAAAUCAAUGUUGAGGGGGCUCAUAAUGUAUUGAAUGCCACGCGAGAUGCUGGAAUAGGUGCAUUUGUGUAUACAAGUAGCUGUUGUUGUGUGGUAGAUGAUUGGUCACAUCCCUAUCCAAACAUCGAUGAAAGAUGGCCCACAGCCAAAAAAAUCAUCAAUAUAUGGCGAAUCAAAGCAAAACGGGAGACUCCCUUCAUUAUUGGAUCUGCCGAUAAUCUCUGGGAUAUAACCUAUGUUUCAAAUGUUGCGGAUGCUCAUAUUCUUGCAGCUGAGAAUCUCCUUCUGAAGACACCCACUGCUGCCGGAGAGAUCUUCUUCAUACAAAACAAUACGCCCAUCACAUUCCGAGAUUUCAGCAUAGCUGUAUGGAAGGAAUUCGGACAUAUCCCAUCUUAUGAAGUGACGAUACCGGAAAAUUUAGCUUGGGUGGCGGGUUUAUUGGCAGAGGUGGCGACGUGGUUAACUGGGUCGAAGGAACCUACUCUGAGUAGAGGUAGCGUGAAUGAUGCUUGUGCCGUAAGGUAUGCGAGUGGUGAAAAGGCGAAAAGGAUCCUGGGAUAUGAAGCAAAAGUAGAUUUGGAGGAGGGGAUUCGAUUGAGUUGUGAGGAGUAUAAGACAAGACUCGCGAGUCGAUAG